AUGGAGCGGAAGAAUCGGGAGAAGGAGAUGGCCUCAGUUCUGUUAUCCUCCUUAUGCUUCCCCUCGGAAGAUGUGGUCACGGGCUUCGUAAUGCUAGUCGAGUCGGCCGAGGGCACGACUCUCGACAUCCCGGUGGCAGACGAGGACUUAGCCAUGUUCCUAGCGAGGGCAGUCGUGGAUGAGGUCUUGACCCCAUACGAGCUGGAAGAAAUUGGGUGCAACUUCCCAAGCCACAGCAGGGUCGUGGGGACGGCCGUGAGCCUUCUGAGGGCCCGGCUGUCGAGGGAGAGGAUACUGAGGUGCUGGGGGUGUAAUAACGGGGGGUCGGUGGAGGACGUGAAGGAGAAAAUCGGGAAGCUGCUGGUGGAGUAUGGGGCGGGAGGGAAUGUUGGGGAGGUGUGCAGGUGUAUAAAGGAGCUGGGGAUGCCGUUUUUCCACCACGAGGUGGUGAAGAGGUGUGUGGUGAUGGUGAUGGAGAGGCGGAAGGAGAGGAUGUGGGGGCUGCUCAGGGAGUGCUUUGGAAUACAGCUCAUUACGAUGGGGCAGAUGGGAAAAAGGUUCGCGCGGGUGGCCGAGGCCAUCGAUGACCUGGCACUCGACGUGCCGGAUGUGAAGAGGCAGUUGGAGGGGUGGGUUAGGAGGGCGAGGGACGAGGGGUGGCUCGAUGGGUCGUUCGCUUUCGGGUCUAACAGGGUUUCGGAGGUCUGA